UUGCACCUUAUCACAUAACCAUAAUUCUUAAAAACAUAAGUGCUCCCAUUUGCGGUGGUGCUAUUUUAAAUAAACGUUGGGCUAUCACAGCUGCACAUUGUAUAGCAGGAGGACUUCCAAGGAACUAUAUGAUUAUGACAGGCGGCAACCAGGAACUCACAGCUGAGAGCCUUAAAAAAGCAAAAUUUCACGAACCAACAGAUUUAAUUACCCAUUGCGCGUAUGAUGCUUCUUCAGCAACAAUGGAUCAUGAUGUUGGCUUAAUACGCAUGUCAAAAAACAUCAAGUUCAAUCGAUAUACCCAACCAAUUGCCUUGGACCCCAAAACUGUCCCGGUGGGUGCUAAAUUGUUAAUUGUCGGCUUUGGCUUCAUUAAGUACAAGCCCAAACCGGUGAUUACAACUGAAAUGCACAUGCUACACAUGAAAAGGAUCUCACAAAAGACUUGUAGCAAAGCAAUGCAGCUAAAUAUUCGCAGCAAUAUCAUAUGCGUAUACAGAACAGUGAAUCGAGGAAUUUGCCAUGGUGAUUCUGGAUCUCCAUUUACGCUUAAACGUAAACUGGUAGGACUAGCGAGCUGGGGCCUUCCAUGCGCUGAGGGCUAUCCGGAUAUGGUAGCCAGCAUUGCGUACCAUUACAAUGGCAUAAUUAAAACUAUGCGCAAAUACAACAAAAAGCAUUCAACAAAAUGUAUACCAUAAGAUUGAACUGCAUUGAAUAUAUUCAUCAUUUUCAGUUUCUGUUUUACCUGUA